AAAGUCUAAGGAUCUGACUGACUGCAGAGCUGAUGUCCUGACAACCUCCAAUUCAUCACCAGAAAUAAAUGACUGUCUGUUGACUUUUAGGGGCAGCAGAGAGCUGGAAAUGGAGUCCAAUGGGGCCAGUGUUCAAUAUAACCGCUGGAGUGAAGAUAACAUUACCUUACAAGAACCACAAUCACGCUCCAGACUGCUUGGAAUCUACAACAGAGUGUUCACUGGACGGCUGGUCAUCAUGUUCAAAAUAGCAGCAUCGUUGACAGUGAUGGUUGUCAUUUACAUUGCUGGAUACAUCACAGGGUUCUACGUUCACCAAUGUGGAUAAGAACUCUCUGUACUGAUAAAUAAUGAGAUAUUGGAAAGAAAACUGGUUGUUAUUUGCAAAGUGAAUUAGAUUUUUUAAACUAUACUAAUAUUUAGCUUUUAUUUUGUUUAAAUGUGCUACACAGAAUCACUUAACUUUAAAAAAUGACUAAUUUCUAAUUUUUAAUAAGAAAAAACAUGUUAAGACUCAAAAUUAAUGCACUGUCAUCAUUUAUGACUUGUUCUUUCAUUCUUGACUUGUUUCAAACCAGUUUUAGUUUCUUUGUUCUGUUCAACACAACUGAGUGUUGAAAUAUGUUGGUAACCAUUGACUUCCACAGUAUUCGUUUUUCCUACUGUGAAUGUCAAUGGUUACCGGUUUUCAUCAUUCUUCAAAAUAUCUUCUUUUGUGUUCAAAACUGAUUUGGUUUGGAAUAAGACAAGAGUGAGAAAAUGGUGACGUAAUUGCAAUUUUUGAGUGCUAUUCUUAAUGAAAUCUUUCAAUUUAAAAGAUACAAUCUCU